ACAUCGAGGUGUGGAGUUGUAGAGGAAGUGGUUCCUCUUUUACAAACUGAGAUCCAUUCACUGUCCUCCUAUGCACAAAGGCUGCACGUGGCUUCUUCUUCACUGCUUGCCUACCGAGCACACAGUCUUCAAAAUAUACGGAUUUAACAAGGUCAUAGACCCUACAUUGGAGAACUGUGUGUAUGCGUGUGUGUGCCUGUGAAGCUUUGCCAUGGUUCUCUCUGUGCUGCAGAGCUUUGGGAAGCAGCUGCUGCGUGUGAAAGCGGUGGAUUGCAGCACUGAGGAUUCACGUCUGUCACGAUGUCUCAACACGUUUGACUUGGUGGCGCUGGGCGUGGGCAGUACACUCGGCGCUGGCGUGUAUGUGUUGGCAGGUGCUGUAGCUCGGGAAAAUGCCGGCCCUGCCAUUGUGCUCUCGUUCCUCAUUGCUGCUCUGGCCUCGGUCAUGGCUGGUCUGUGUUAUGCUGAGUUUGGAGCACGAGUGCCCAGGACAGGGUCUGCGUAUCUGUACAGCUAUGUGACUGUGGGAGAGCUGUGGGCCUUUAUUACCGGCUGGAACCUCAUCCUGUCAUACGUCAUAGGGACAUCCAGUGUAGCUCGAGCCUGGAGCGCUACAUUCGAUGAGCUCAUAGGAAAACAAAUCGAGAUGUUCUGCAGGAACCACAUGAGCAUAAACGCACCGGGGAUUUUAGCCGAGUACCCAGACAUAUUCGCUGUGCUCAUCAUCCUCAUUCUAACUGGGCUGCUGGCAUUUGGAGUGAAGGAGUCUGCUAUGGUGAAUAAAGUGUUCACUUGUGUCAACGUGCUGGUGCUGCUGUUCGUCGUGAUCGCAGGGCUGAUCAAAGGAUCCCUCAAAAACUGGAACCUGAAUCCAGAAGAGAUUCUUAACAGAAGUUUGAGUGCAAAUGAAACAGCACCAUUGCCUUCACCUGCCAGUCUGGGAGAUGGAGGUUUUAUGCCAUUUGGCAUCUCUGGGGUUCUCUCCGGCGCUGCUACCUGCUUUUAUGCUUUUGUCGGUUUUGAUUGUAUCGCUACUACAGGAGAGGAGGUGAAGAACCCUCAGAGGGCCAUCCCUAUUGGCAUUGUGUCCUCACUGCUCAUCUGCUUCGUGGCCUAUUUCAGUGUGUCUGCAGCUCUUACUGUAAUGAUGCCCUAUUACAUGUUAGAUGUAAACAGCCCACUGCCCGUGGCCUUUAAACACGUGGGCUGGGAUGGUGCUACGUACGCGGUGGCAGUCGGAUCGCUCUGUGCUCUCUCCACCAGUCUACUAGGGUCCAUGUUUCCAAUGCCCAGAGUUAUAUGGGCCAUGGCUGAGGACGGGCUGCUUUUUAAGUUCUUGGCAAAGAUCAACGACAAAUCCAAAACCCCUUUAAUGGCCACUCUAACCUCAGGCCUUGUGGCAGCUGUGAUGGCUUUCCUGUUUGACCUGAAGGAUUUGGUGGAUCUCAUGUCUAUUGGGACAUUGCUGGCGUACACCCUAGUGGCUGCUUGUGUCUUGGUUUUGAGGUACCAGCCGGAGCAGCCCAGUGUGAAUGUGCAAUAUCAGAUCGCCGGGACUCAAGAUGACACUGAGCCAGACUCCAUUAGUGAUAUCAGCUCAAAUUACCUAACUAAAGCUCAAGACGAGUGCACGCUCAAGAACAUGCUUUUCCCUAAAAACACAGACCCCUCACGGCUGUCUGGGUUCACUGUCAACGUCUGCACCAGUGUAAUAGGUCUGUUGGUGUGUGUUUUCUGUAUUGUAGCAGUACAGGGUGCCUUUCAGGUCUGGUCUCUUGCUAUGUUGGGAGUUCUUGCUGCAGUAUGUCUCCUAUUCACGUUGGUAAUCUGGCGGCAGCCUGAGAGUAAAACCAAGCUAUCCUUUAAGGUUCCUCUGCUCCCUUUCCUGCCUGUGCUCAGUAUGUUCAUUAAUGUCUUCCUGAUGAUGCAGCUGGACAAAGGCACCUGGCUUCGUUUUGCUAUCUGGAUGGCGAUUGGGUUCAUCAUUUACUUUGCAUACGGGAUCAGAAACAGCACGGAGGCCACAUUGGCCAGUAAUAUAACAGAAGAUAACUCCUGUGCGUCAGACAAACCAGUGUGUAGAAUAAAUGGACCUCCAGCCUCAGAGAAAGAGGCCUUUCUCCCCCAUAGUGUCGAUGCAAACGAGGAGGAGGAAGAGGACAGUGACUCCUAAGGAUGCUCUAAUGCCUUCUGGUCUCGUUUUGUAGAGAAAUGAACAGGACAGCUAUUCCCAGACAGAAGGUUACAAACCUGUCGUUUUGCGAUGCCAUGGUCUAGAGCAUUUGCAGAAUCAGAGCUUUAUUGGUUAUGUUCAUGAGUUUUACUGUGAUAAGUAUUGCUGACUGUGAUCAGUACCAGCCGUGCGUGUGUCUCGGAUUCUUUCAGUACUCAUGAGUACAGAAGUACUGGGUGCUAUUUUGUCUGACAAAUUACUUGGUUUUAAAUUAUGUUGCCAAAUUGUUUUCCUUGAGUAAGUUAUGAAAUGUUUUGUGUAAUGUAUAUUGCUGAAUCAUGUAUAAGUUGCUCAUGAGCCGAGGCUGUGUGUUUAGUGUUUCUCUGUCCUGGGUGUGUAUCUGGGCUUGUACUAUCAGAGAGGACACUCUAGUUUUCACUACACCAAUAUUUUGUUCUUCUGUCUACAGCUUUAAGUAUGACUGUGCACUUCCUUAUCUUUGAAUGUCUCUCCACAAUGCCUCCAGCUGCCGUGCCAUAGAUUUAAACGUUCAAGUUUUUCUCAUCAGGACAGAUGGCUUUUCCUGAGGGGAAAAUUGAGAUGAUUUGUUUUUGCAAUUCAGUCUUUUCUGUGCAAAUACAGGGCGAGGAUAUAAUAAAUAAAUAAAUA